GUUAACAUUCGAGUACAUCUUCUCUUUUCUCUUUUUUAAUCGUUUAUUAUGCUCGCAUUCCAUUUGCUUAGCCAUCCCAACUCCGCUCUCUCUCUCUCUCUCUGCUGCUUCCCAGAGAAACCCUAAUCGCCAAAUCUCUCCUGAUCGAUUCGAGCUUUUCGUGGACGCAAGCAUUGUGGAUUGGUAUCUAAACGAUCUCUCCUUGUUUGUUUUUUCAGAAGAAAACCGUUGUUUAUUUCUUCCGGGGUGUGCAAUCGAGUUUGGGAGUGGUUGUGUGAUUUCUAUGGAUUGGUUUUCUGUUCUUAUUGAAUUUUUAUAAAGGAUGCAUAUUUGGGAAUCGCUUGUAGACCAAGUGAGGGAAAGGUAAAUAGAAAAGGCAGGAAAAUGUAUAGAGGUGGUCUUGAUAGGUUUAAGAAGUCCCAGUCAUUGGAACCUUUCUCCGUCAGUGCAAGUUCAGCAGCAAAAAAUGGUUCGGCUUCUAAAGCGGCCAAUUCUCUGGUUCAGUCAUUCCAGACGCAAAAUUCAAGCCUAAAUCAUAUCCAGCAUCAACAUCAAGUUGCUCCUAUGUCUGUAGGAUCUGAAGCAGCAACUCCAGUUCCACAUACCACUCAGAUUGGCGGGGGGCAAUCUACCUGGCAGCCUCCUGACUGGGCAAUAGAGCCACGUCCCAGAGUUUUUUUUCUUGAUGUCAUUAAAGAUGGUGAGGUCAUUGAUCAGAUCAAUUUAGAGAAAAAGAAGCAUAUUUUUGGCCGGCAGAUACAGACAUGCGAUUUUGUGCUAGAUCACCAAUCUGUGUCUCGUCAGCAUGCUGCAGUUGUACCUCACAGAAAUGGAAGCAUAUACGUCAUUGAUUUAGGGUCAGUACAUGGUACAUUUGUCGCAAACGAGAGACUAACUAAGGACAACCCUGUGGAACUUGAGGUUGGUCAAUCUCUUCGAUUCGCUGCAUCAACAAGAAGUUAUAUACUGAGAAAGAACACAGCUGCUCUCUUUCCUACUCCUGCACUCCCAACAGGAGUUGAUCUACCAUCCCCUCCAGAUCCUUCUGAUGAGGAUGCUGUUGUGGCAUACAAUACAAUAUUAAACCGUUAUGGUAUUAGUAAGUCAGAUCUGUCCAACUUAAAGAGACAUUCAGAGGGUGUUUCAAGUGGUAGUUCUUCCAAAAGAAGAAAGAAAAUUAGAGUGUCAUUUAAAGAUCAGGUUGGAGGAAAACUAGUUGAGGUAGUUGGGAUAUCUGAUGGUGCAGAUGUAGAAACUGAACCAGGCCCUAUUGGGGUAAAAGAGGGUAGUCUUGUUGGCAAAUAUGAAUCCCUUGUACAAGUUACGGUUAUACCGAAAGGUAAGGAGCAAGUAACACAGAAGGAAGAAGGGACCUCUCCAAGAGGCGUCACUGAUAAGCUGCAGCAGGUAUUCAACAAAGUCAAAAGCACUCUGAAAACUGGAAUUUAUGAUGAUCUCUACGGCAAUGACUUUCCUGGUAAGGGGGGUUCUUCAUGGGCGUUCAGUUCAGAUGGACAGGUAGGAUCAACAAAAGAUCUAGGGGAAAAGCCUCCUAAUUCUGCUGAUGAAAAAGAAAACAGUAGUUCAGCAGCAGAUGAUAGUGAUGACCUCUUUGGGUGAUGUAGAUGUACUCAAUGAAAGAACUUUUGUCCACGGUACCAUGAUGUUCAGCUAUUGAAUGCUAUUCCUCUUGAACGGCCAGAAAAUCCCUGGAGUUGAAUGGCUUUGGAAGUUUUGAGAGAGAAGCAAGAAAAUCCUCUUGCCUACAUUUGAAAACAAAGUGUUGUUUCAGAUAUGAUAGUGCCGCCCUUCUGUUUUGCAAUUUGGGUGAUAAACUAUAAAUCUUUACAUCCCUUGUCUGUGAUGGUUUUCUCAGAAAUUCUGUUCUACAUGAUUAUCUCUGAUUGAAUGUUCUUCGAUACUGAAAGGCAGAAUAUGAGUUGCAGUAUAUAUACUGGUAUAUUGCUUCUAACCAUUUCUUGAUGCCUUAUUUUUGUUACUCUAGCUUUAACGAUUAUCUACAAUUACUUUAGACUUUCUUUUUUCUGCUCUUGAGCUCAGUUGUCUUUUGUUUCUCUUGCCUUUGUCCAUAUUUUUGAAACCCUUUUGGCUUUAGAUUUGAGAUUCUGACUGAGGAAGUGAAAAAAAAAAAACUGUAUAUACAUUAAUGAUAGAGCUCCAUUAAUUUUGUUUUGAGA